CUCCGCCUAAACCCUAAACCUUACAAACUUCUCUCUCUUCUCUCUCUCUUCUCUCUCUCCUCCAUCCCAAAAUCAAAGAAAGAAAUGCUACUGAUAGCUCGAACUCACUCUCUCUCUAAGCUCAAACCCCUCCUUUCUCUCUCUCUCCUCGCCCAAUCCUUCCCAUCCCAAACCCCACUUUCAAAUUUCACUUCAAUCCUAAAACCCCAUUUCCCAAGCCCCACAAAUUCUCAACCUUUACCAUUCUCCGCCAUUUUCUUCAACCCAUUUUCUUCGUCUCAAUCUUUGCCCUUGGACCGCGAAGGAAAUUACGAUGAAACCACCACCGCAGCUCGCCAUGUCUGCCGUGGGUGUGGGGUUCAAAUGCAGGAUUCCGACCCCAAACACCCGGGAUUCUUCCUCAAGCCCUCGAAAAAGGAUCCGAGGGCGUAUCGAUUGGGGACCCAUCUCGAGCACGUUGGGCAAGUGCCGGAAUUCAACGAUUCCCUCAAAAGGGGUCUAAUAAUCGACCCCGAAAACUUGAGUUCCGAGGUCGAUUUGGUGGGAGUCAAGGGCGAAAAGCCGGUGGUCUGCGCACGGUGUCACUCUCUGAGGCAUUACGGGAAGGUGAAGGAUCCGACGGUGGAGAACUUGCUACCGGAUUUCGAUUUUGAUCAUACCGUUGGGAGGAAGUUGGCUUUGACGUCUGGGACCCGAUCGGUUGUGCUAAUGGUGGUGGAUGCUGCAGACUUUGAUGGGUCAUUUCCGAAAAAGGUUGCCAAGUUGGUUUCGGAUACAAUCGAGGAGCAUUCCACAGCUUGGAAACAGGGGAAGUCAGGGAAUGUGCCGAGAGUGGUGCUUGUAGUGACAAAGAUUGAUCUUUUGCCAAGUUCGUUGUCGCCCACGAGGUUAGAGCAUUGGGUUAGGACUAGAGCAAGGGAGGGCGGAGCAAGUAAGAUAACGAGUGUACAUUUGGUGAGUUCUGUAAGGGAUUGGGGGUUGAAGAAUCUUGUUGAUGAUGUUGCUAGCUUGGCAGGACCAAGAGGGAACGUGUGGGCAAUAGGGGCACAGAAUGCCGGGAAGAGUACGCUGAUAAACGCAAUAGGGAAGCAUGUUGGAGGGAAGAUUACACAUCUGACAGAAGCGCCUGUGCCCGGAACAACAUUGGGAAUUGUUAGAGUGGAAGGUGUUCUUCCUGGUCAUACCAAGUUGUUUGAUACUCCCGGGCUUUUGAAUCCUCAUCAGAUUACAACUAGGUUGACAAGAGAGGAACAGAGUCUUGUAAACAUUAGCAAGGAAUUGAAGCCAAGGACAUACAGAAUCAAGGAUGGCUAUUCAGUUCAUAUUGCUGGGCUUAUGAGGCUGGAUAUAGAAGAAUCAUCAGUAGAUUCUGUUUAUGUUACGACAUGGGCAUCUCCUUAUCUUCCGCUACACAUGGGAAAAACCGAAAAUGCCUGCACAAUGGUAGAGGAACAUUUUGGUCGUCAAUUACAGCCACCAAUUGGAGAGAAUAGAGUCAAGGAGCUUGGGCAGUGGGUGAGAAAGGAAUUUCGAAUCAGUGGAAACAGUUGGGAUUCAAGUUCGGUGGAUAUUGCUGCUGCAGGUCUUGGUUGGUUUGCUGUUGGACUUAAAGGAGAGGCAGUUGUGAGUGUUUGGACGUACGAUGGUAUUGAUGUUGUUCUUCGCAAUGCAUUGCUUCCUCAUAGAUCAUACACUUUUGAAGUUGCUGGGUUUACCGUCUCUAAGAUCGUUUCCAAGGCUGACCAAGCUUCAAAUAAGCCACAACACAAAAGUGAGAAGAAGAGGAAACAAAGCAACCAGAAGGAAUCUGUUGCGUGCUGAUUUGGUACUUAAUUCCUAACUUACCACCCGAAGCAGGCUCAACUUAUUUUGACAACUGGAAGUGUUAGCGAGUAAAAGAGAAAGUUCUUAUGGAAAUGGAAAACCAGUGUUGUGGCAAUUUACAGUUGAUAUACUACCGGUGAGGAAUAUUUCAGUAAGCAACGUCAACCUUUUCUAGGAAUGAAAAGGGUAGGCAUCUUCUUGAGCCACCGACGAAACUGUCGAUUCUUUCUCCGACCAUGGAAGGGGUGGAUGUUCCAUAUUGGGAUGAUCUUUCUGCAGUAUUGAUAUUUAAGAAUGACAACUCAAAGGCGGCGUUUCUUUUACAGGCCUCAGAACUACGGUGAAAGACGCAAAGGCUUUUGUGACUCACAAGUGCAUGAGCCUUGUGUUGAAUUUCUUAUUCAUUAUUCUUCUCUCUGUAAAUUGCAAGUCUGAAGAGCUGAGUUUAAUCAGUUUACAGCUGUCUGGUAUGAAGCUUUGUCAUGAUUUUGUACUGGCUUUUCAUAAUUUUGGCAAAAUGGCCAAAAUUUAAUGACUUGGGCUAGUUUGGUAUUGCUGAGCUUUGAAAAAAAACUGUUUUUGCUGUGCUGUGAAAA